ACCAAUAUGCGGCGUGGUGAGUCAAAAGCAGCCCCGAAUCAGGAAGUAGGAUGCCGUGACAGACAUUAGUAGGCAGAAGGAAAUGGGCACCACCACCACACAAUGUCACUAUGUCUGCUGCUGCUCCUGUCCAUGGUAACACAAGGACGAGAGGGAGGAGAGGCCACAGGGAAAUGACCCCAUCGUCGAUCAUGUUGCUGCUGGCUCUGACAGCCUGCCUGGCGGGGACUGUGUUCUGCCAGGGUGAUGCGGACACAAGUACUGUUGAAGAAACACAAACAGAAAAUGAUGCUGGGUUCUCAGUGAUCCCAACUGUAAGUGAUGCUACCCCUACACCAGACUCAUACCUAUCAUCUGAGAGUCCUUCAGAGGGAUAUGAGACUGAAGCUGACGCUGGUUCUGGGUUCAGUCCAGGUGUCAAUUUAGAAGGGGAGGAUAAUCUCAAAUCCUCUGAAGUACCACUGGAGGACAGUCUGAGUCUCACCUUCGUCCUGGUUCCUGUUGUGCUGGUGGUCGUGAUAAUCGCCAUGGUAGUGGGAGUAGUCAUAAUCAACCGCAGAUGGAAUCGGAAAGGAAAGAGCAAUUCUGAUAACGUAGAAGAGGAUAAAUAUUUGCAUGGUAGCGAUGACACAGAAAAAGUUCCAAUGCCCAUGUUUGAGGAUGAUGUCCCCUCUGUGUUGGAGCUGGAGAUGGAAGACCUGGAACAGUGGAUGAAUAAAGAUGGUGGCGUUCGAAUGGACUCUGGACAAGGGAUCUAACAUGAGAUCAUGGCUAGUCCCUAAAGAGUCACAGUCAGUCAAUUCUCUCUCCCAACCGGCCUCUUGCUGUACUGCCGGUGACAAAGGACAUUUCCCCAUCGCAGGGAAGGACAUUCUGUUACCCAGCAGCACUGUAGGCCUCUUCUUUUCAUGUCAAUGUCAAAGCAACGUCAUCAACCGACCACAUUGACAACAAGAAAGCAACACCUCCGCCAAGGUGACUGCAAAAAAACAGGAAAUGCUGAAUUUAUUUUCCAUUUCAGCAUAAACAAAAGACAAGAAACAAUAAAUGCACAAGUUAAAUGUUUUUAACAUCUUAACACCUUAAAAUCUGCGUCAAAUGUACUGUGGUAUAGACUCUAUGGAGAAACAGUGUGUGGCAAUAGUCCUUUCACUACACGGAUCCUGAUUGUGGUCGGCCUAGUAAUGAAUGCUUUUUGCAACGCCUUCAACUCAGUACUGUGCCUUUUUAGUCAUUGUUUCAAGUUCAUAUACACUUUUUAUGUGAUUGUUUUACUGUCUUUUGUAUUCAGCUGUCAUGCAGUGAGAGAGGGAAUCAGUGAGAGAGGAAGGAGUAAAACACAGGAGGUUGGUGGCACCUUAAUUGAGGAGGACGGGCUCGGGGUAAUGGCUGGAGCAGAAUGAGUGGAAUGGUAUCAAAUGCAUCAGACACUUGGUUUCCAUGCGUUUGAUGCCAUUCCAUUCGCUCCGUUCCAGCCAUUAUUAUGAGCUGUCCUAAAAAGUGUAAAACUAUUGCUGAAAGCGGGUGUCAGUAGCCAUGUUCUGACACCCAGACAACAAUAUCAGGACUUGACCUCCAAAGAUCCUACAGGCCCUCCCCUUUACAACAUAAACACAUAUUCCAUGCCCACAGUAAAGCCAUACCAGAUGGUAUAUAGCCUUAUCCCAAUGGCCAGCUAACCAGUCCCAUGAUAGAUAUGAUGGCUCAACAAAUGUUUAUGCUAAAGACUAGCUAGUGUCUCCUCCUCUCCUCUGCUCUGUCCCUUCUGGUUGUAGUACACAGACUGCAUGUGAAUCUAUCUCUCUGUCUCUCUCUCUCUCUCUCUCUCUCUCUCUCUCUCUCUCUCUCUCUCUCUCUCUCUCUCUCAUAAACCCAGACUCUAAUUACGAAACCCUGUCUAUUGUUUCAUGCAUGAGAUAACUGAGAACUGCUGGUACACUGCUUUGCUUUGGUUCGUGCGCAUCACGCAAAGCUAAAGCUGUUUAGAAUUCAAGAGGGAUUCGGGAAGGUAAUAUCUGUGAGAGUCUGUGAGAUAUUUUCACAGAGUGCAAAUUUCCGUUUGGUUGUUGUAUACAGUGACUGUCUUGUGAUGUUUUGUUUUCCAUGAUUUUCUUUGAGAAACAGUAUUUCACAAUUACUGUCAUUACAUCCUAAGCAUGUCAUUCCUGUUGAUGGUACACUGUCUUUCAUUGGUUGAAUACGUUUUUCCUCCAAUGAUAGUGGUGUUGUUGAUAUGCAAUCUGAAUCUACAAAUUCUCAUCACAUCGAUGUAUAAAUGUUUUGCUCAGCUCUACGUGACAGUCAGUAUUUUGCAGUAACUUUCAUUGUAAAUAUGUGGAAGAUAUUUUUUUAAACUCGCGUGUAUAUUUUUUAACUGUGUAUAUUGUGCUUGAUUUGAUACAAAUAUUGAUAUUUGCUUAUGGUCAUAGGAGUGAAUGUGGUCCCUCAAUCUCUGUUAGGUCCUCAUACUUGUCAGUAAUCCAAGUGUUACAGCAGUAGUUAUAGUCAUUUCAAUAAGAAACCAACUGUCCUGCCAAUAUAUUUGCCUAUUUGUAAAUCAUCAAUAAAUCUGUGACACGCUA